GGCUUCGAACCGGAAGUAGCGGUUAACCACUGUAUCAUGGUCGUGUUGAAGGAAAGUGGAUGUCAGAGCGGUUGCUGGGUGGAUCUCUACACUACGAGCUAGCAUCACAGAACAAGACGAUUUUCCUAAAACAUGUAGCUUGAUAAAGGCGAGGACGCCAUUUUGACAUCUUCAUCACCCUCAAGUCCCGGAGCCUUUAAUUACGACACCUCGCGCUGCUUGGAGCUGUGAUAGAGAGAUGCCGGCUGCCUCGAGCUGUGAUUGUCCUCACCUGGAGUGUGUUGGAGAGAUCACUAAAGAUGAGCUGAUCCAGAAGUCUCAUGGUCAGUGCCAGGACUGCAGCGUGGGUGGACCGAACCUCUGGGCCUGUCUGGAAAAUGGCUGUGCUUACGUCGGAUGUGGAGAGUCUCACGUUGACCACAGUACGGUCCACUCCCAGGAGACGCAGCACAACCUGACGGUGAAUCUGACCACGCUGAGGGUUUGGUGUUACGCCUGUUCAAAGGAAGUUUUCCUAGACAGGAAGCUGGGCCCUGUAACCCCGCCCACUGGCACUGCCAAACCCAUCUCACCUGUCGUGAUACCUGACCAGGAUCCCGACAUUCCGGGCAGUCCCACCGCUUUGAGAGUGCCACCAGCUGGAGUUCCCGAGGACCUGGAUAUGGAGACGGAAGAAGAAGACGAUCUGAGGACUAGAGGUACAGUAUCUCACAGACGUCUGACCGGCCUGAAAAACAUCGGCAACACCUGCUAUAUGAACGCAGCACUGCAGGCGCUGUCUAACUGUCCUCCGCUCACUCAGUUCUUCGUGGACUGUGGUGGUCUGGUCCGAACUGACAAAAAGCCGGCACUGUGUAAAAGCUAUCAGAAGCUCAUUACAGACCUGUGGCACAAAAACAGACCUUCCUACGUCAUCCCGACAAACCUGUUCCAGGGCAUCAAAGCUGUUAAUCCGAUGUUUCGAGGUUAUUCCCAACAGGAUUCUCAAGAGUUCCUACGCUGCCUGAUGGACCAGCUUCAUGAAGAGCUCAAGGAGCCUAUAGAAGAACCCGAGGACCAGAGUCAGAGCGCAGGAGCGGACGAAGACGAGCCAAACGAGCCCUCCGAGCAGAACGAAGCUAACGAGGCCAACGAAGCCGACACGCUCAUCUCAGACGAGGAGAAAGUGAACCGGGAACGCCAGAAGGAGAAGAACCUCAUCAACGAGCUGCGCCGAGCCGACACAGACAAGGACGAGGACACGGCCAGCAUUGUCAGCAGCCAGGGAGCCAUCAAACACAGCAAGGAAGCUAACCCGGAGAUCCAGAUCAGCAGCAGUAGCCGACCACAGAGCCCGAGUGCCAGCGAGAACAUUGGGUCCAAACUGUCCUGCAGCCCGCCCAAAUCCCCCCCCGUGUGGCCAAACCUCAAUCCGGCUCACAAGAAAGUGAGCGUGUUUGCUCCGCCGAAGAGCAAGCGUCAGAGGAAGUACCGCAGCGUCAUCUCAGACAUUUUCGACGGCACCAUCAUCAGCUCGGUGCAGUGUCUGACCUGCGACAGGGUGUCCGUGACUCUGGAGAACUUCCAGGACAUUUCCCUGCCCAUUCCCGGGAAAGAGGAUCUCGCCAAGCUUCACUCUGCAACGCAUCAGACAUCGCUGGUGAAGGCGGGUUCGUGCGGCGAGGCUUAUGCUCCUCAGGGCUGGAUUGCCUUCGUCCUCGAGUACAUCAAGAGCUGGUUCUGGGGCCCAGUGGUCACGCUGCAGGACUGUCUGGCCGCCUUCUUCGCUCGAGACGAACUGAAAGGAGAUAACAUGUACAGCUGUGAAAAGUGCAAGAAAUUGAGAAACGGAGUCAAGUUCUGCAAAGUUCAAAGUUUGCCAGAGAUCUUAUGUAUUCACUUGAAGCGCUUCAGACACGAGCUGAUGUUCUCCACCAAGAUCAGCACACACGUCUCGUUCCCGCUGGACGGCCUGGACCUGCAGCCCUUCCUGGCCAAAGACAGCUCGGCCCAGACCACCACCUACGACCUGCUGUCCGUCAUCUGUCACCACGGCACCGCCAGCAGUGGUCACUACGUGGCUUACUGCCGCAACGACCUGAACCAGAUGUGGUAUGAGUUUGAUGACCAGAGCGUGACCGAAGUCUCAGAGUCCUGCGUUCAGAACGCAGAGGCCUACGUGCUCUUCUACAAGAAGAGCAGUGAGGAGGCACAGAAAGAGAGGCAGAGAGUCACGGCUUUGCUCAACAUGAUGGAGCCGAGUCUGCUGCAGUUCUACAUCUCGCGCCAGUGGCUCACCAAGUUCCGGACCUUCGCCGAACCCGGGCCCAUCUCCAACCGUGACUUCCUGUGUGCACAUGGAGGCGUACCGCCCCACAAGGCUGCGUAUAUCGACGACCUCGUGGUCAUGCUGCCCCAAAACGUCUGGGACCAUCUGUACAGCAGGUAUGGAGGAGGGCCAGCCGUCAACCAUCUGUACGUCUGCCACACCUGCCAGCUGGAGAUCGAGAAGCUGGAGAAACGCCGCAAGAACGAGCUGGACAUGUUCGUACGGCUGAACAAGGCGUUUCAGGAGGAGGAGUCCCCCGUGGUCAUCUACUGCAUCAGCAUGCAGUGGUUCCGGGAAUGGGAAGCUUUCGUCAAGGGCAAGGACAACGAUCCUCCAGGACCUAUCGACAACUCGAAGAUCGCCGUAAACAAGAACGGUCACGUCACGCUCAAGCAAGGCGCCGAUUCGGGUCAGAUCUCGGAGGAGACGUGGAACUUCCUGCAAUCGAUCCACGGCGGUGGUCCCAUGGUGACGGUGCGACCCAGCGUGAGCCACCAGGACCAGGAUGCCUCUCAGGCUGAGGAGAAGAUCGAGCUGGAGACUCGUACCCUGUAGAGAAAAUCCUUUACUUUGCACAUGCCUUUCACACACACAAUCUCUCUCUCUCUCUCUCUCUCUCUGUCUCUUCAUUCCGUGUGCAUUCCUUACAAGCUCUAAGUCACUAAAUUACGCUACAUGUCUGUAUAUACAGUUAGUUAGUUAGUUAGUUAGUUAGUGAACUGAAAAUCAGCACAUUUCCUUUCCUGUCGUCGUUCAGCCAAGACACUAAGCCUAUAAAUACUGCUCACUCCAGUGAUUUCCUUUAAACACACGUCAUCAUUAAUCGUACGCAUCACUUCCUGAUCCUAAGAAAAUUCCUUAGGGUUAUGCUGUUAAGCUUCGUGUUUUAAACGCUUACUGUAAACUUUACCAGCUUGUAAAAUCGUUCUUAAUAAUAAUAAUAAUAAUAAUAAUAAAAUAUGGUAUUUUUUUCCACCCAUAUCGUGUUUUUUUUUUUAUUUUUUAUUUUUAUUAUUAUUUUAUUUUAUUUUUUUAUGAGCUGUCCCUUUAAAGCAGUGCUGAAAUGACUCUCUUCCUCGUCCUGAUCUCUCUCUUAAAGCCGGUUUUCAUAAACGCAGUCGAGGUUGUGCCUGGCGUUGUGUGUGUGUGUAUAUACACUAUAUAACUUAAACAUAUAAUUGAACCUCUUAUCAAGGUGCGCUCUAAGCUAAGGGGAAAGCGUCGUCUCUCCAUGAACGCCGUUCCCAAGCGUUAAGAACCGUAUUUUCCGGAACAUGUAUCCAGCAGGAAAUUAUUAGCAAAUUUGUAGUUUUUGUCCAUGUAGCUUAAUGAUCUCUCUCUCUUAACGAUCACUUUAACGCGGCUCUUCGUGAACAAUCCGGCCGUCCUCUUAUACCCCGGAAAAUACGGUAAUCUCAGGUUUUUCCAUUUUCUUUCCCUCUCUUACUGUUCAGCACCGUCGAAGCAGCGCAUGCUCCAGUCAUGUCGUCCGUAUAUGAAUGUAGCCGUGUUUGCCUGGUCGCUUAUUUAUUUCUGAAGGUCACGUGAUUGGCUAGAACGAGCGUAGACAGAUACGUAGAUUUCUCUCUCCCACCUGCGCUAAUUCCAGAUCCUGGAAUGCAUGCUAGUAGGAAAGCUGACGAUCGCAUGCCAGAUGCUCAAAACCUCCUGAAAUGUGUAAAAAAAAAAAAAAAAUGAAA